AGUAGGGAUUUUUCAGUAGAAAGCAUCAUGUUAAGAAGAUUGUGUCCUUAAAAGUCCAGUGCAGUACUUUGUAAUACAUUUUAGAUAUAAUAUUCUUGAUAUGAAGGUACUUGAAAAAAUGUAUCUAAGAUUAUUGAGUUUAAAAAUGAAUAAUACAAAAUCCCCCUAUAAAGCUUUAGCUUGAGAACAGUUUGAAUUAAAACUGAAUGCAGCUAAGUGCAAUUUCAGGUUAUUUGGAUUGCUCUUAUGAUGUGAAGUGUUCCAAGAACUUCAAAUACCCAAUUUCUUUGCAUGUGCCAAUUCCAUUCUCUUCUCACCUAAAGCCCUUCAAAAGCUUUGAAGUGAUCACAAUGCAGUACUUAGCAUAGAGCAGUUUCUGAUUUGCAAAAGUCCUUCCAGAUUUUCACAAGUGGCUCAAUUUUUAAGUGAAGUCCCGUGUCGUAUUUGUAAAACACUCUAGAAAGAAGAGGAAAAUAUAUGAAAUUCAAGGUUAAAAAAUGGGUAAAGGAAGCAAGGACUAAAAUGAUUUUUAGAAAUGUCGAACAGAAAAGUGAGAGUCACCGUAUUAUUGCCAUUGAUUCCACUAUCAAAGAGAAUCAAGAAUAACGCAGAGUGCAUGUUGUAGCAAGCUUUUGGAAAGCAUAAGAAGAAGAUACGGAUGACUAGGGAUUGCUAAUGCUUGAGUAAGUUGUAAAAGCUUGUCUAAAAGCCUGGGUCUCCCAAGCUUUUGCUAUCUGAGGGUUUGGAAACAAUCAAGUCAAAAGAAAAUAUAAGGUUUUCUUCUCUUUGUUGCAUCAGCUUUUCAUAGAAAAGGGUUCUUCUUAUUCUUAGUUUACUCCCAUUCUUGGCAAAUCAGCUUAGCAACUGAUUACACAAACACUUCUGUAACAUAUAUGGAGACUGAGAGAGAGCGUAGUUUCUAAAAAACUAAAUCCUUUGAAAUGUUCUUAGUUUUCUAGCUUGAAUAAACCAAAUUUUUAAAAACUUUCUUUAAAAAUGGUUAAUUAUUUAGUGAGUUUUCUCUUUUGGAUGCUACAGAUCAGGCAUUCAUUAUGAGCACCUGUCAUUUUGGCUGCAGUUCAGCUGUAUAGCGCUGAAAACUAAUCCAGCCUCCCUAUUGGAAUCAGUAGGAUUUAUCUUCUCAAAACACAUUAAAAAAAACUCUUUAGCUGGUAUCUAAUUGUGCCAUCAGACACCUAAGAAAAACUUUCAUUCUCAUAACCUUUGCUCAGUUUCCACCUAACUUUGGCAUUAGCUAAAAUUCUUACAGAUUUAGGUUUCUGAUAGUAAAGUUCUUUGGAUAUGUCUGUUUACAUACACACAGCCGUGCCUCUUGGUAUUGGUGACUGACUAACUGAGAACCCAGCUCACAUGUGAGAACCCAGCUCACAUGUGAGCUCUCUAAGGAUUUACAAACUACAUGUUUUCAAGUGGCUUGGCUGUUAGAGCCUGAUCUGGUAGAUACUCUCAGAAUGGCUGCACCUUUGACAAGACGCAAUAGGGCAAAGAGGCGAUGGUAUUGCACUUAUUUCUACUUCAACAGAGCACUCACCUAAUAUGAAACAAUUCUGCUUGAGGGGACUUGAACCCACAUAUUCCCAGAAGUAUGUCCUUCCCACUAGGCAAGACCAUUCUCCGGUAUGGGUAUUUGUGUGGGUGUUUGCAUAUAUGCGGGGAAAGAGGGAAAAAGUUUCUCAGCGUGCCCUUGGUUGAAGAUAUUCCAUCUCCUAUAUAACAUAUAUUUUUCAUAUAAAUAUGUAUAUAUGUAUGUAUACACAUACAUUCAGUAGACGUUCUUGCGCUCAUGCCUCAUCUGUCCGGUCCAGUGAACUUCUAAUUAUUUAAUGCAAUGGGGAACAGCUUCAGCAGAAAAGACUUACAGCACCUUAGACCUAGAGUACUCUUAAGCUAUAUCUACAUUAGUAAAUUAAACGGUGCCGAGGAACUUUCCCAGGCAUUGGAACGUAGUUGCUCUCCUGGGGUAAAAUCCUCUCAAAUAAAUCAGGAAAUUAAACCCAAUUCUCUAACAUCUUAGGAUACUGAAUGCUAUUAGAUAUAUUUUACUCUGUCACAGCAUUAGUUCGUCUGAUAAAAGAAAUGUCAUUUCUAAAAUGUCAUUUAUGUGACCAUUUAUGUUGUUCAUGAGCAAAGUAUCCCAAUCCAUCACAUCUCUACACACUGCAUACAGAAAAGGAAGACUACAGCUCAGAUACUAUGCUCUAAAACUAUAUUUUCUUUCUAAAGGCAAAGAUUCAGUAAUACAAAUAAAGCUUAAGUAUACAUUAAGCGACAUUCCAUUUUACAUGUUUAAAUGUCUUACAGUAGUUCACACAAGUAACAUUAGUCUUGGGAUUUCAUGUGUACAUCUCAUUUGUGUGUCACAGAUUUCAAAUAACUUUUAAUUUCUUCUCUCUCUCCUUGCUUUAGCGACACUGGAACUGAACCUCCAGAGAGUGGUAUCUUUGGCUUUAUGAUUAAUAUUUCAUCACUUUUAGGUGUAGCUACAAUGUACAUCAGAUAUUUAAUAAUAGAAAAGCAAAAUGAGUCAUCACACUUUAUUAGUUCCUCAUUCAACAUACUUUCAUUGUUUAUUGGAUUGAUGGGUUGUGUUGGAAUGGCCAUUGUUGCAACUUUUCAGGAGCUGUCUGUUCCCAGUGUCCAUGACAUAGGAGCUUUGGUGGCAUUUGGCUCUGGUGUUAUAUACAUUACACUUCAGUCUAUUAUCUCUUACAAGUCCUGUCCUCAAUGGAAUACUUAUCUUGUGUGUCACAUAAGGAUGGCCAUAUCUGUAAUAUCAUGCGUUGCUGUCAUUCCCAUGAUUGUGUUUGCUUCACGAAUUUCCAUGACAAAAAUUCAUUGGAUUCCAAAUGAAAAGGAUUAUGUUUAUCAUUUUGUGAGUGCAGUCUGUGAAUGGAUAGUGGCCUUUGGUUUUAUCUUCUUCUUUUUCACCUUCAUUAGAGAUUUUCAGAGAGUUUCUUUAAGGAUAUCAACAGAAAUGCAUGAAGACUCCUGAUCCUGGAGAAAUUUAUAUUUUGUAUAGAUGAACAUUUUAGGAUUAUUUUUACUUACAUAAAAUGCUGCAGAGGAACCUGGAUUUUCGAAGAUGAAGAACCCAUGCCAUUAAUUCUGAAACAACUACAAUAGCAUCCAACAAAACAUUUUAAAUACCAACAAUAUUCCUGUAUUUCCUUCCCCCUGGCUGGGGCCCUCUUGUUAGGAUAUUUUGUAACUUUUUUACUGUUUGGCAUAUUAAAACUACUAUAACAGAAGAAAUCUGUUAAAGCACUUCAAAGGCUUUUGAAGGUGUGGACCUCCUUAGUUCUUUCCUUUUGGUCAUAUCCAUAUUUUUUCAUUUUUAAUAUUGUGAUUAAUGGCAUUAGUUUUAUACUUGGGAAAGUACGUUUUUCAGACAGGUCACAAAGUCUAAAGAAAAUGGAAGACACUAAAUUCAUUGAAUUCCUGCUCUGUUAAGUUGAAAGGACUAUAUGAAAGAAGAUGUGAGCAGAAGCAGGCAUCUUUGUUUCAAGACUAGAAAUUAACAGUUAGUGGAUUGCAACACUAUGCUACGUGUUUCUAAUGAUGGACACUCUAUACAAAUGCAAAUCCUAGGAGAAGUUUAUACUGCUUGCAGAAAUGUUUUCUAAUCAUCACUGCAAUGAAUGUUGUAAAAGUCUAUCCUUUCUUUCCCCUCCAUCCAUUGCUGGCCAGAGGAAGCUUAAAAUUGAAGUGGGAAUCGAAAGGAACAAUGAACUAUUUAUGCAAAACCUUUUUUCUUGGGAGCUACACUAGAAAUAUUUUUAUUGCCUGCUCUGUUUGUAUGAUGUUUUCUAUUUGUUAGUCCGUCAUGAGUGGCUGAGAAACUUCUUUUGCAUAAACUACAGUAAAUCCCAUGAUAGGUAGUGUUGUUUUUACUGACUUACGCUAAAUCAUUUCUCCACCCUGUCCAAAAGGACAAAGUCUCAUAUUUUUUAGGCUGUGCAGCUUAUGUUACUGAUGAAAAAUUACCAUUGCAGCCUCUGUCACAGUCAAAAAUCAUGUAGGGAUGAAAUACAAUCAACUCAAAAUAUCUAAAUAAUGCUUCACCUUAGGGCAAUUUCAUUCUGUUUGCUCUUCACUCUUACGUGUGCCGAGCCAGUGAUUACCACCUAUUGUAUCUUAUUUUUCUUAUAAGCUAUUAUAAAUUCAUAUUUAUGGUUUGCUCUGUUUGCAUACUGCCUUGCAUGCUCUGACAGCAGCGUAUGCUUGGUGGCAGCAAAACAAUCUUGACAGCCAGAGGUUUAGUAUUGGGAGAUAAUACUCGUUACAGCCAUUUCAGACAGACUAGAAAGAUUCCAGAAAUACAUAUCAAUAAUAAUUUUGAACAUUUCAAUAUAAAGAAGGUAGAGAAAGUCAAGAUCUUGGUAUUUCAAACUGUUUCAUAAGUACUUAGAGGUCUUUUCACAAGCCUUCAGGUUUAGAAGCCUUCUACUUGAAGACUUCAGAGGGUUGAACUGGCAAGCUGAUCCUAGUGGUUUACUGUGCCCUCCGCAAAUAUUGUCUCUCCAUGAGAUUUUGCUGCAAAAGCCGAUCUCCUCCAGGAGGAAGUGAAAGGUAAUAUGGUGCUUGGAUUUUGAGAAGGGGCAGCAUCCAUUUCCUUGAAAGAAGAGAUAAUGUCCCUUUACUCUAGGGAAAUUUAAAACUGCCUCCAGAGAAGAAAGCUGAGAAUUAGUUGUUCACAGAUCUGUCUAGGGUAACAAGUACUCUCAGUAAAUCUGUCCGGGUCCUUCAGUUUUUAACCUAAAUUCUCUCCGAGAACUCUUCCCUGAUCAUUGAUCUGAAUUAAAAGCAAGUCCAGUUCUCUUUCCAGCCCUCUUCUAUUUGUAAUCUUUGAACUGUAAGUUUUCAGAUAACUUUGCUAAGGCAUCCACUAGCUCGUAUCAGAAGGAACUGGUUUAUCAUAGCAGUUCACAAACCUAUAUUUUACACGAUAUAUUGAACCUCUGCAACAAAACAGAUGAAUACCCGUUUGGCAAGCUUGUGUUAAUAACCUCUCCAGAAUUAUUCCUUGUAAACCAUUUCCUACCCUGGGUCAUAAAGAAAAACAAUCUGGAGGUAAUACCUUGUUGUAUCAAGCAAAGUCUCAAGUAUGAAAUUACUUUAAAAUGUACAAUUUACUUGAGUUUAGGAGAAUAUAAGAGAAGAACUUUUUUUAAAAAAAGGUUUUGUGAUCUUUUUCUUUAUAAAAAACUUAAGUUUCUUCCAAAUUCUAGAUUAAACGAAAGGUCUAAUCAAGAGCAGCAUUGCCCCAUUUGUCAGCCAAAAGGUGGCUGAUUGAUUGAUUCCACGUCUUUUACAAGUGCCAAAUAAAUAAAAUAGGGAAUGUUUCUUAAGGGAUAAGUGAUCACCUUCAGAGAAAAAUUAGAGAAAUAAAGGAGUGUCUUUGCACAACAUUCACUCGUUCAACUCAUGUCUCAUGCUCGUUCGCUGCUAGACCUAGGCCUCACAUGCCAACCUGUGCCUUGGCAAAUCCCAUGCCAGCUCCUGCUGUUCAGCUUUGCCUGCUUUCCCAAACUGUUGUAUCUAGCAGGGGAAGUCAAAAGAAGAGCCCUGUUAGAAGGCACGUUUACCCCACUAUGCAGGUGAGCAACUGCUCCUGCGCACUCAUGUGCCCCCAGAGCACAGCAGUGGAGGACAUUGUGGAGAGGAGGAAAGGGAAAGUUUGCCUUACGUGCCCUUUUGCUCAGGUCUAAGAUGUCUGCUUUCACAUUGAGAGAGAAGCAAAGUUAUCUGCCUCAAUCUAUCUCACAAAUGAACUUUGAACAAUUAAAUACCACAGUCAAAGUUGUGGGGGAUGGCUCCUUCAAGGAGAUCUGAAAAUUAAAAAAAUACAUAACUCAUAAAGAUGAGUGUCUCUGGCGGGCAAGUUGAGGAGACCUCUCUGACACAUCAGCAAGGAGAAGACAGCCAACAAACACAAAAAUGGCAGGACCAAAGAAAAACAACUGGUCUCCAACGUGGACUUUUUGGGGAGUGGCUCUCUAAAUAAAAAACUCUCUAAAUAAACUCUCUCUCUAAAUAAAAAAAAAAAAAGAUCCCGCAUCCAAGAUCUUAGCAGAAAAGAAUAAGCUAUUGACUUGGAAGACUGAACCCCUGCACUAGAAACUGGCCUACAGGAAGCUUGUGGGACAGAGCUUCAGAGUUUCCAGGAAGGCAGGAGGAGGGAUUUUGAAUGUGGGAAGACAUAUAGAGUGAGAAGAAGUAACAUUAGAAUUAGCCUGAAAAAUUAGGUUGGUAGGUGAAAGUUUUGAUUAUAGAACUAAUUACCUAAGCUCUCCAGAAAACACAGAAAAGUAGAUGGUAAAUGGUGUGACAACUCACACAGAGCUCAGACAGUGAAAUUACAGCAGCAGAGGCAGAUAAAGAGGUUGGUGAAAAGAGAACAACUUUACUCUUUAUGCAAAAUAAUCAGAAAGAUUAAGCCUGUGCUCUCUGGAAUGCUUUUUAUUAUAUAGCAUUACUCUGAAGUGCUAUGUAGUAGCAAUGUAAUUCUGAAGCUGUAUGAAGGGUAAAUAUUUAAGGAGGAGGAGGAGGACUGUUUGAACUUAUACCGCAUUACAGGAGAUCAAACAGGAAAGCAAUCUAGCUAAGAAGUUUAGACUUCCAACGGAAGGUAGGAGCUCCUUUUCAUAGGAAAAGAAAGCUGGGAACUCUCACUGACUAAUUCUCAGGUGGCUUAAUAAGGGUUUACCAACUUCUUGCUUUGCAGAUAUCUCAUGAUGAAGGAAAGAAACACUCAGCAGGGCACAACUGCUCCUUGGCCAUAACCUAAGCAAGUUGUAAAAGAUCCUCAUUUAUAAUAUUUCCAGUAGACUGUAACUUUCACAGCUGGGUCUGUCUUUUACUGUGCAUUUGUGUAUGUGGUCCAUACAUAUAUGAACACCCUGUAUUGGCAUGAUGAAGCCUGACAGUGGUUAGAGUCCUGCAUGUCAUUGUAAUAUGCAUAAGUGAUA